UGGGUCAGACAUUCCAACUGUCCCCUCUUUAAGGCCAUCUCCGGUGAAAAACUGAAACCACAAAGAAUCUUACAGAACCAAAGUGGUCGAUGAAAGCUACGUAAUUUGAAUCUGAGAAUACAAGCCAGAAAGUUCGUGAUUUUUACUUCAUUUGGGGAGGAAACCGGCGUUUCUCUCGCUGGGGAGAGCUUGCAGCUACUCUUCCAUGGCGCCAAGGUGGAAAUGGAAAGGUGCAGAGCCAAAAGCUCUUGCAGAACCUAUUUCCCAGACUAUAUCAGAGCUUCGAUCCUCUCUGAUUCAAUCAAAGGCUUCCGGGUUCCUCUCGAGUUGCAACAUCCUUCUCGCCGUGGAGCCUGAACGGGCAGAGCUGCUCGAUCAUGGCUGCUUCGGCAGACCCAUUGUUUCAGCUGAUAAAGAGAAGAGAUGGUUUCAGUUAAGCCUUGAGGAAGCUUUCUUCCUGUUCUACAACCUGAAGUGCAUCAAGAUCUCCAUUCAAGAUCGUUUCUUGGAGAACGAAACAGAAGUUUGGCGAAUCAUGGAAUCCAAAAAACCAAACUUUCCGAUCUAUUACAAAGCGUAUUCUCACCUACGGUCCAAGAACUGGAUUGUGAGAUCCGGGCUGCAAUACGGUGUGGAUUUCGUCGCUUACCGUCACCAUCCAUCUCUGGUUCAUUCUGAGUACGCAGUCUUGGUUCAGUCCGGCGAUGGCGAUGGCAAUGGCGGAAACUUCCGGUUAAGGGUCUGGUCCGAUAUCCAUUCCGCUGUUCGGUUAUGUGGAAGUGUAGCGAAAACCUUGUUGGUUCUGUACGUCAGUGGGGACGGUAAAGGCGAAGACUUGUCGUCAUGUUUGGAGAAUUAUACUGUGGAGGAACAAACCAUAACCAGAUGGAGCCCGGAACAGAGCCGUGAAAAUGAAACUUCGAACCAGAACCGAGCAAUGCAAGAACAAUGAAAACCAUUUACUGUAUACAUGUUUUCCCCAUGAAGUUGUAGUUUUUUAGCAGAAUUAUCUUUUAUAUGGGUUUGCUUAUUGUUA